AUGUGACGACAGUCACUCAAGGAGCAAUGUGGCUUAGAACUUAACCGCUAUCCAGUACUGAUGGAGAAUGUAAUACUUCUAAAGCCAUUACUGUAACAACCACUAACUUGUGACGCAGGCGUUGUUAUUACGGUUCCCUCCUGUCUCGUGGCUGUUUUACGUAUAAUUUGAAAAGUGUAUUAUGGCCAGUGACAGUGAUAGCUCCGAUUGUGGGCUUCUCAACCAGGCCUUGCCCACUCCAACCUUACCAAGUAACUUCAAACCCGUCGUUGCCCCAACAUCAGCAGAGGAGUAUAUUCAGCAUGUUGUGUGGGAGGCACGGCAGUGUAAGGCGGUAAUGACAGUGGACUUGGAGGAGCACAAACUCAAUAAACCAAUUGCUGUUGUGCAGAAGCAAGUCAAGGCUACGGCACCCAAGGGCUUCACUCCUUCUCUUGAGAGUCAGCAAAACCUCAUGGCAUCAUUUUCCAAGUUGCGAGCACACAUUGCAACUCUCCGAGCCUCUGGAAAAAUACCUAGACCUCCCAUUGUUUUGCCAGGCAUCAAGAAGCGAGAGGAGUGGUGCAAAUUGUGCUUUGGCAAUAGUUUUCAGUUGGCCCUACUGAAGCAGUCCAGCCAAGACUCCAUGCAGCCACAGCUAAUUGAGGGCCAACAGCCCUUGCUUAGCAUACUUCUUAACAUCAAGCAGAAAGGGAUUGAGAACCUUCUUGAGUGGCAUGCCCAGUGGCUAGAGGUACUUGGGUUCUCAGAAGCUCAGGGACGUUGGUUCUAUGCGCUGCUGGCUUGUCUGGAGAAGCCUCUCACACCAGAGAGUUGCUCACAAAUCAGGCACAUAGCUAUGAUGUGUGCCAAGAUCAGAGCUUCCUUAGAAACAGCAGACCACCCUCACCUAUCCCAGCUUAAUGUGAUCAUUUGCAUAGUGGCUCGUUACUUCUGUCAAGAGGACCUGGUCGACCACUAGUUGAUGCCUCACUGUCAUCUUUCAGACACCAGUGUUUUAUUGGCAGAAGCAAUCAAUACAGUGUUGUGGUAAAAAGGACAUUAAUCUCUGGUAAGCCUCUCUUGCAGCUAUGAUUUGUUUAGUGAAUCAAAUAUGAUGGUAAACAAUGUUCUAAAUUCUUCACAGGAAACUAGCAUAUUCACUGUGGUCUUUGCUGAUGACUUCUUUGUAGUCAGACAAGCUAGGAGAGUACUACAUGUGGUGUUUCCAAGAAAGAACCACUUCAUAUGCAAAAGGUUCCUCAGACUGAAUCAAUUCAAAUAAUUACAAAGCUUUGAAUGACCAUUUGUAUGACCACUUCAAGAUCUACAGAGACUGCAGGAGAUGCAUAAGACUUUAUAUUGUAUUAAAAUAUAUACAUCAAUAAAAGUAUGUUUAAU